GGGUUCCUUUGCAGGUUCCCACUUGUUUAGCUUCAUGCUUUGUGCCGAUGAAACUGACGAUGAUGAAGAAGAGGAAGAAGAGGCUGCAGAUGAUUAGGAUGAGGAUGGAGGUGAGGAGGAAGAUGAAUUUGGUGAGGACGGUGAACAGCAAGAAGGAGAAAGGAAAGGAGAGAGAGAAAGAAAGGAUUGGUGACGAUGAAACACAACCACCAGAUAGUUGGGAAAAUGAGUUGCAUGAUCCAUCAAAUGGAUUCAUGAUGGGCCAACAAGAGUUUGGUGGGUUUGAGAAGAACCCAGAGUUUGGUGGGUUUGAGAAGAACCCAGAGUUUGGUGGGUUUGAGAAGAACCCAGAGUUUGGUGGGUUUGAGGAAAACCCAUUGGCGCAAUUUCAGUGACGGUGUUUUCAGGCAGCAAGCAGAGGGAACUUGGGUAUGCUUUGAGAUCCAAGUACUAGGGCAAAGGGAUCGCGACGCAGGCUGUGAAAUUGGUCAUCAAAAGCAUAUUCAAGAACUGGCCCCAUCUAGAGAAGCUUGAGGCGCUGGUGGAUGUGGAGAAUAUUGGGUCGUAGAGGGUGCUGAAGAAGGCUGGGUUUACAAGGGAAGGGGUUUUGAGGAAGUAUUAUAUGCUCAAGGGAAGAACAAGAGAACCCAGAUCUGGGUUUUUCUCAAACCCAAAUCUGGAAAGGAAGAAGAAGGGAGAAGAGAGAGCAAAAGAAUAAGAAGAAGGAAGAAGA